CUACCACCACCACCAACCACCGCAUUCCCUCUCCUCGGCACUGCCAGCAGCGAUUCCUCCACCAGCACCACCGCCACCGCCAUCCAUCCAUCCCACGCAACGAUUUCUCUCUCUCUCCCAUCGCCGGCGCGUCUCAUCCGUCCGUCUAAAACCGCUCGGCCACUCCCGUGGCCACGCAUCAGGCGAGAGACACAGACAGACAGAGAGAGACAGACACAGAGAGAGAGAGGAGUUUGGUGAGAAGUCGCAACUUUUUUGGAAGAGAAAAGAAGACAUCGCUUCUUCUCCACCCAUCCACCCCAAGACGGCAUCUCGAGCGCAAAGUUGAACCGCCGGGCAAAAGGGAUUUCUCGUGCGUCUUGCGGAGAAGGCGUAGGAGCCACCGGGGAGGCGAGAGAGAAGAGGGGAAAGGAGGAGGAGGAGGAGGUUCCCGUGUUGUUGCUGCUCCACCGAAGUGGAGCCGUUGUCUUAACACGGAGCAAUGUGGGGCAGUGUGCCGAUCACGGUGCAUUGCAGGUGUCAGUAGGAUUUCUCCUCCUGCACUUGGCUCGUUGUGACUCGCUCGCGGCAGCAGGCAGAGAUGGCAUAAUCAGAGUUGAGCCGAGCUGAAGGAACUAAGCGGGAUUCUUCAAUUCUCCGUUAAUCUGCUCGGAUAUUUAAAACGGAAUAUUUGCAAAUCGGCUCUUAACGACAUCAUCGUUCGCCGACUUUUAUAAUCGCCGCUAAUUGUAAUUUUUCUUGUGAUUGCGACCAGAUAUAUAUAUUUAAAUACGACACAAAUUCGAGUGCACUCCGCUGGGUAUUCGCGUGUGGCGGUGCAUCGCGAGAGACGUUCUUGACGAGCGUCCGACUUGACAGGGAGUUCGCGAAUCGGCGCAACUCCAGCGGCAACCGCAUCAAGAUCUGCAAACGGCAAGCAGCACCACCACCCACCACCACUACCACCAUGUACAUCAUCUCCCGUUCGAGCGUCAAGUACAAGAGAAGACGAAGCUGUGAUCCCGUCAUGCGAGGCACCACGUUGACUACGACGACGAUGACGAUGAUGCUGCUGGCGUCUGCCCUGGGACUCCUCUUGACACCGGGGAUUACAUCAGCCCAACAGGGAUUAGGCGACGUGGUGGACGUCCUGCGAGCACUCGACCUGCCCGCGCUGCCCGAGGGAGUGCGCCGCGCCGAGGGGCUGUGCGCGGCCAGGAGGGGCGGCCGUGGGCCGGACGUGGCCUACUCCGUGAGUCGCGAGGCGCAGCUCAGCGUGCCCACCAGGUUCCUCUUCCCAGACUCGGAGUUCCCCGUGGACUUCUCCAUGGUGCUGACGGUGCGGGCGCGCAAGGGCACGCAGGCCUUCCUGCUCUCGCUCUACAGCGAGCAGGGCAUGCAGCAGCUGGGCCUCGAGGUGGGCCGCUCGCCCGUGUUCCUCUACGAGGACCAGCACGGCCUGCCGCCCCCAGAGGAGUAUCCCAUCUUCAAGGGGCUCAACUUGGCCGACGGAAAGUGGCACCGCGUGGCGCUGAGCGUGCGCGGGCAGAAUGUGACGCUGACGCUGGACUGCCGGAGGAGCGUGACGAGGCCACUGGCGCGCUCCCUGGCCGGCUCGCGGAUCGACGUCAACGGCAUCGCCGUCUUCGGCACCCGCAUCCUGGACGAGGAGGCCUUCGAGGUGAGACGCGUGACCCCCCCCCUCAAGCGCGGAGGGGGAGGCUCCCGCGCGGGGUUCGAGGCGACGGAUCGCCCCAUGGCGAUCGCCGCACAGCGGCCGUCGAGACGACGUCAGCCCCGGCCGUCGACACCAAUCCGACCCGCGACGGGAAGGGAAGGAGCGUUCCAGACGGCCGCGGGAGCGCGACGUGAAAGCUCCCGCCGGAUCGGUUCGACGGCUGCGGUGAUGGCUUUCUCGCUCCUUGUCGAGAUCAGCGAGGUGUGA